UUUAGAAAUAUCUCCUGUUCCUGUUUUUAUUUACCCCAAAUAAGAGUACAGAAUGUGUGUCUAUGCGUGUGUGUUUGUGUGAGUGUGCGUACGUGUGUGUGUGUGUGUGUGUGUCUAUGCGUGUGUGUUUGUGUGAGUGUGCGUACGUGUGUGUGUGUGUGUGUGUGUCUAUGCGUGUGUGUUUGUGUGAGUGUGCGUACGUGUGUGUGUGUCUAUGCGUGUGUGUUUGUGUGAGUGUGUGUGUGUGUGUGUGUGUGUGUCUAUGCGUGUGUGUUUGUGUGAGUGUGUGUGUGUGUGUGUGUGUGUCUAUGCGUGUGUGUUUGUGUGAGUGUGCGUGUGUGUGUGUGUGUGUCUAUGCGUGUGUGUGUGUGUGAGUGUGCGUGUGUGUGUGUGUGUGUGUGUCUAUGCGUGUGUGUUUGUGUGAGUGUGCGUAUGUGAAUGUCUGUCUGCAAAUAAAUGCAUCUUUUUUUAAAAAUUAUUAUUUUGUAUUGUGUGUGUGUGUGUGUGUGUGUGUGUGCAGGAGGAUGUUUUUUACCCUACUGUAUAGUGUAAGGCACUGUAAAGGGCUGGCCCACAUUCCAUUAAAACAAGUUCCACUGGUUUGGUUUUCGGUGCCAGAGUCACAACAGCUUGUUAGUGAAGAGAUUAACGUAACCCACAGAAAAGUCAUUAACUCCAAAAUGAGUCUUUCUGGGGUGCAGGACAAAGAGAAAGAUCAAAGUCUGAUGGAGGUUAAGAGAUCAGACUCACCUGAACCGAGUCAUGUGUCUAUGAGCCGGUCAAUGAACCCUCCAUAUAACCUGAGAGAUAAAGACGAUUCUACUGAUCUGAGUCUGAUGGAGGUUGAGAGAUCAGACUCACCUGAACCGAGUCAUGUGUCUAUGAGUCGGUCAAUGAACCCUCCAUAUAACCUGAGAGAUAGAGACGAUUCUACUGAUCUGAGUGUGUUUCCUGGUCUGAUGGAGGUUGAGAGAUCAGACUCACCUGAACCGAGCCAUGUGUCUAUGAGCCGCUCAAUGAACCCUCCAUAUAACCUGAGAGAUAGAGACGAUUCUACUGAUCUGAGAACCCAAAAGGAGGAAUCAAGAAUAAUCAGCAUAAAUCAACUGAAAUCGUUACCUGAAAAGGAUCUGGAGCACCGAGCCAUCACUCCAGAUUACCCAGCAUGCCCUGAGAAGGAAGUGGAGGAUGAGGAGGAUCAGAGCCCUGUCAGAGAGGGUGCACUGAAGAUCACACUGCAUGCCCUAAGAUUGCAGACCAGGCUGGAAUCUGAGAUUCCUAGAAACUUUAAAUCCAGACUGAGAGAGAAAUGUAAAAGAAUUAAUGAAGGAAUCUCACAGCAUGGAAGCUCAGCACUUCUGAAUGAGAUCUACACAGAGCUCUACAUCACAGAGGGCUGGAGUGGAGACGUCAAUAAUGAACAUGAGGUGAGACAGAUUGAGACAGCGUCCAGGAGACCAGCAACACAGGAGAAACCCAUCAAAUGUAAUGAUCUCUUUAAAGACAAGUCCAUCAGAAGAGUGCUGACUAAAGGAGUUGCUGGAAUUGGAAAAACAGUCUCUGUGCAGAAGUUCAUUCUGGACUGGACUGAAGGAAAAGCAAACCAGGACGUCACCUUCAUGUUUCCACUUCCCUUUAGAGAGCUGAAUCUGAUGAAGCAGGAACAUCUCAGUCUGAUGGAUCUUCUUCAUCACUUUUUCCCUGAAAUAAGAAAACUAGAAUUAAUAAUCUGUGACUCCUACAAAGUGCUGUUGAUCUUUGAUGGUCUGGAUGAGUGUCGACUUCCUCUAAAUUUCCAGAAGAAUGAGAGACUGUGUGAUGUGACAGAGUCAGCCUCAGUGGAUGUGCUGCUGACAAACCUCAUCAAGGGGAAUCUGCUUCCCUCUGCUCUCCUCUGGAUAACCUCUCGACCAGGAGCAGCCAAUCAGAUCCCUCCUGAGUGUGUAGACCAGGUCACAGAGGUACGAGGGUUCAGUGAUCCUCAGAAAGAGGAGUACUUCAGGAAGAGGAUCAGAGAUCGGAGCCUGGCCGAUAAAAUCAUCAGACACAUGAAGUCUUCCAGAAGCCUCUACAUCAUGUGCCACAUCCCAGUCUUCUGCUGGAUCUCAGCCACUGUUCUAGAGAGAAUGUUGGGUGAAGCAGAGCGUGGAGAGAUCCCCAAGACUCUGACUCAAAUGUUCACACACUUCCUGAUCUUUCAGAUCAAACACAAGGACCAAAAGUACCAUCAGAAAUGUGACCCUGAUCCUCAGCAGACCAGAGAGAGUAUCCUGGCACUGGGAAAACUGGCUUUCCAACAGCUGGAGAAAGGAAACCUGAUCUUCUAUGAGGAAGACCUGAGAGAGUGUGGCAUUGAUGUGAGAGAAGCGUCAGUGUACUCAGGAGUGUGUACCCAAAUCUUCAGAGAGGAGUUUGGGCUUCACCUGGGGAAGGUGUUCAGCUUUGUACAUCAGAGUGUUCAGGAGUUUCUGGCUGCUUUAUACACAUUUCUCUCCUUCAUCCUAAAAAACCAAAAUGUGAUAGGGGAGGAAAGAACUGGGAUUUUUUAUCACUUUAUAAAACCAAACAUGAUUGACCCUCUGAAGACUGCAGUGGACAAGGCCGUACAGAGUGAGAACGGACAUCUGGACCUGUUCCUCCGCUUCCUUCUGGGUCUCUCAGUCGAGUCUAAUCAGACUCUCUUACGACGCUUAAUACCACAGACAGGGAACAGCUCUAAUUUCAAAGAGGAUAUAGUCAACUAUGUCAAGAGGAAGAUCAGGGAGAAUCCUUCUCCAGAGAAAUCCAUCAAUCUGUUCCACUGUCUGAAUGAAAUGAAUGAUCAUUCUCUAGUGAAAGAAAUACAAACUUACCUGAACACAGGAGGUAAAAGUGCACUCAGUGGAGCCUGGCUUUCUCCUGCUCAGUGGUCAGCUCUGGUGUUUGUAUUACUGAACUCACAAGAGGAGCUGGAGGAGUUUGACUUGACAAAAUAUCAUCCAUCGGAGGAGUGUCUUCUGCGGUUGCUGCCGGUGGUUAAAGAAUCAGUCAAAGCUGUGCUGUGUUGGUGUAAUCUGACAGAGGAAAGCUGUAGAGUUCUGUCCUCAGUACUCAGUUCAAACUCCUCCAGACUGAGAGAACUGAACCUGAGUUACAAUAACCUGCAGGAUUCAGGAGUGAAGCUGCUCUCUGCUGGACUGCAGAAUCCACACUGUACACUGGAGACACUGUGGCUGUGUAAAUGUAAUCUCACUGAGGAAAGUUGUAGAGUUCUGUCCUCAGUUCUCAGUUCUGACUCCUCCAGUCUGAAAGAACUGAACCUAAGUGGCAAUGAACUGCGUGAUUCAGGAAUGAAGCUGCUCUCGGUGGGACUGAAGAAUCCACAAUGUAAACUGAAGACACUCUGGCUGCGUGCAUGUAAUCUAGAAAAGGAAAGCUGUGCAAUUCUGUCCAAAGUUCUCAGUUCAAACUCCUCCAGUCUGAGGGAACUGUAUCUGAGGGGCAAUGACCUGCAGGAUUCAGGAGUGAAGCUGCUCUCUGAGGGACUGCAGAAUCCACACUGUACCCUGGAGACACUGGGGUUGGUAGGGUGCAAUAUCACAGAUGAAGGAAUUGUAGCUCUGGUUUCAGCUCUGAGGUCAAACACCUCAUCACAGCUGAAAGAGCUGGAUCUGUAUGGUAAUAAACAAGAAGCCCCAGGAGUGAACCUGCUGAACGAUCUACUGCGGGACCGAAACUGCAAACUGGACAAUUCAGACAUCAAGACAUAGCCUGUAAGGGUUGGUGACCUGGACAGGAAUCAAACGCUGGUUGUGAUGGUAAAGACCCAACAACUUAACCACUGCUCAACAGGCUAGGCUGGACUCGACUGCGGAGAAACUUCCAGAGACAGAGAUGGAGGAAUUAAAUAAUAAAACCUUUACUUCUGAAAGAUUCACCAAAAGGGCAAACAGGGAUACAAAACAACAACAACAAUCCAAGCAGGGGCAUGUAUAAGAUUUCAAAAAUUUUGGAGGGGGGAGGGGGUGAUUAUAUAACGUGUUGCAAGAACAAUUUUUAUGCAAAAGAUUAUUAUUAUCUAAAUAGAUUGUAGUAAUUCUUGCACAUUUAUCAUAAUCAUAUUAUAUAUAUACAAAUAUACAAACAUUAUACACAUGUAUAUACAACCUCAAUUCCAAAAAUUGGGUAGAACCGGUACAUAUCGGUGAGCACUGAGUACACUUCAAUCCCGCUUCAAGCACUUUUAUUAAUUUUACCUGACUGCUUCAGUGGGACGGUUUCACCUGACGUCUUCAGUCAGUGACGGCAGUGGCGACGGUUGUCGGGGCAGGGAAGGGUGGAAUUCAAAUAAAAUACACCAAUUACAAUAAAGAAUCGCAAGUUUCACAAAAACAACAACAUAAAGUAGAUUACGGAGUUCAGAAGCAGCAAAAUGAGUGGGUAUACUGAGGGUAAACACCAGUAUUGAUCCUUAGAAGUCAUUAUACACAAACAGCCCUGGGGUAACAGUAAGCUAACGGUGUAAACAUGCGCUCAAACCCCGAAUGAUCAGCCCUAGUGACGCCCCUGAAUCCAACUGUGUACAGAUUAAUGUAAAGUCCAAAAACACGUAAUAAGCAAAACACAACAGCAGUGGCAGAUGCAGAGGGGCAGUGGCAAUGGAGCAGUGGCAGUGGGGCAGGACAGUGGCAGUAGUGGCAGUGGCAGGAGCAGUGGGGCAGGGGCAGUGGCAGUGGGGUAGUGGCAGAGGCAG